AUGGAAGAAGGGAAAGUUACAAUCACAAAACAAGGCACAACUGAAGCCUCAACAACAGACACCAGCUUCAAUUCUCGAUCAACUAUUCAAACAACAACAAAAGAAACCACGACUGAAGCCUCCACACCGGACACAAGUUUGAAUACUCAAUCAAGUCCUAUUCAGACAAUAACAAAACAAGGCACAACUGAACCCUCCACAACGGACACCAGCUUCAAUACUCAAUCAAAUCCUGUUCAGACAACAACAAAACAAGGCACAACUGAACUCUCCACAACGGACACCAGCUUCAAUACUCAAUCAAGUCCUAUUCAGACAACAACAAAACAAGGCACAACUGAACUCUCCACAACGGACACCAGCUUCAAUACUCAAUCAAGUCCUAUUCAAACAACUACUAUUGAUUCUAAAACAACAAAACAAAGCACAACUGAACCCUCCACAACGGACACCAGCUUCAAUACUCAAUCAAGUCCUAUUCAAACAACUACUAUUGAUUCUGAAACAACAAAACAAAGCACAACUGAACCCUCCACAACGGACACCAGCUUCAAUACUCAAGCAAGUCUUAUUCAAACAACUACAAUUGAUUCUAAAACAACAAAUCAAGGAACAACUGAACUCUCCACAACGGACACCAGCUUCAAUACUCAAUCAAGUCCUAUUCAGACAACAACAAACCAAGGCACAUCUGAACUCUCCACGACGGUCACCAGCUUCAAUACUCAAUCAUAUCCUAUUCAAACAACAACAAAACAAAGCACAACUGAACCCUCCACAACGGACACCAGCUUCAAUACUCAAUCAAGUCCUAUUCAAACAACAACAAUUGAUUCUAAAACAACAAAACAAGGCACAACUGAACACUCCACAACGGACACCAGCUUCAAUACUCAAUCAAGUCCUAUUCAAACAACUACUAUUUAUUCUAAAACAACAAUUCAAGGCACAACUGAACUCUCCACAACGGACACCAGCUUCAAUACUCAAUCAAAUCCUGUUCAGACAACAACAAAACAAGGCACAACUGAACUCUCCACAACGGACACCAGCUUCAAUACUCAAUCAAGUCCUAUUCAGACAACAACAAACCAAGGCACAUCUGAACUCUCCACGACGGUCACCAGCUUCAAUACUCAAUCAUCUCCUAUUCAAAUAACAACAAAACAAAGCACAACUGAACCCUCCACAACGGACACCAGCUUCAAUACUCAAUCAAGUCCUAUUCAAACAACAACAAUUGAUUCUAAAACAACAAAACAAGGCACAACUGAACACUCCACAACGGACACCAGCUUCAAUACUCAAUCAAGUCCUAUUCAAACAACUACUAUUUAUUCUAAAACAACAAAUCAAGGCACAACUGAACUCUCCACAACGGACACCAGCUUCAAUACUCAAUCAAAUCCUGUUCAGACAACAACAAAACAAGGCACAACUGAACUCUCCACAACGGACACCAGCUUCAAUACUCAAUCAAGUCCUAUUCAGACAACAACAAACCAAGGCACAUCUGAACUCUCCACGACGGUUACCAGCUUCAAUACUCAAUCAUCUCCUAUUCAAACAACAACAAAACAAAGCACAACUGAACCCUCCACAACGGACACCAGCUUCAAUACUCAAUCAAGUCCUAUUCAAACAACAACAAUUGAUUCUAAAACAACAAAACAAGGCACAACUGAACACUCCACAACGGACACCAGCUUCAAUACUCAAUCAAGUCCUAUUCAAACAACUACUAUUUAUUCUAAAACAACAAAUCAAGGCACAACUGAACUCUCCACAACGGACACCAGCUUCAAUACUCAAUCAAGUCCUAUUCAAACAACAACAAAACAAGGCACAACUGAAAUCUCCACAACGGACACCAGCUUCAAUACUCAAUCAAGUCAUAUUCAAACAACUACAAUUGAUUCUAAAACAACAAAACAAAGCACAACUAAACCAUCCCGAACGUACACCAGCUUCAAUACCCAAUCAAGUCCUAUUCAGACAACAACAAAACAAGGCACAACUGAACUCUCCACAACGGACACCAGCUUCAAUACUCAAUCAAGUCCUAUUGAAACAACUACAAUUGAUUAUAAAACAACUAAACAAGGCACAACUGAAGCCUCUACAACGGACACCAGUUUCAAUUCUCAAACAACUAUUCAGACAACAACAAAACAAGGCACAACUGAACUCUCCACAACGGACACCAGCUUUAAUACUCAAUCAAGUCCUAUUGAAACAACUACAAUUGAUUAUAAAACAACUAAACAAGGCUCAACUGAAGCCUCUACAACGGACACCAGUUUCAAUUCUCAAACAACUAUUCAGACAACAACAAAACAAGGCACAACUGAACUCUCCACAACGGACACCAGCUUCAAUACUCAAUCAAGUCCUAUUCAGACAACAACAAAACAAGGCACAACUGAACUCUCUACAACGGACACCAGCUUCAAUACUCAAUCAUCUCCUAUUCAAACAACAACAAAACAAAGCACAACUGAACCAAAAGAAACCACGACUGAAGCCUCCACAACGGACACCAGCUUGAAAACACAAUCAUCACAUAUGCAAACAACAACAAUUGAUUCCUCAUCAACAAACGAAGGCACAACUGGAGCGUCAACAACAUACACAAGCUUUAUUAGUCAAUCUACGUCAGAUGUGAUAUCAACUAUUCAUUAUAACGAAGGUAGUAGUAAUAUAACGACAGGAUCUAGCUGUUUGUGUCCUUGUAUUCCAUAUAACACAACACAGGCAAAUCUCGAUUCUAUGCAAGAAUAUUUGAACAUUUUGAAGAACUCAAUUGCUAUCGAUCCAAAAGAGACCAUUUUGAUAAAUUGA